AUGGAGCAACGAAUAUUUAAGUUGAUUAGUUUAAUCGUGAUUAACACCAAUCAAGCAAAACAAUAGAAAAUGUUCAAUAAACUCUAUUUGAUUUACAAGAAUAAGACUGAAGAGAUUUACCAAUGAGUUUUGUAAAGGGAAAUUUCUCAGAACUUGAUAUUUAUCGAGAUAAUUUACUUAUCGACUCAUUGUAUUGUUAAGUAAACCUCUAAUCUGAUGAAAAUUUGUCAUCAAUAUUUAUCUUCCUGCUUUAUAUUAUAUUUAACAAGCUAUUCAAGAGCUCAUUCUCAAAGUGAAGAGAACUACUAACACGUUUCGUUGAAAGAAAUUUGUUUCAUCUUGCAAACGAAAAACUCUGAUAUUGUUCUGAAUUUAUUUUUCUUUUUGAGAAUUUUACUAUCUGACCACAAUGAAUGUCGCAAGAAGGAGUAUAUAUAUGGGUGACCAAAAUUAUGUGCCCAAGAAAUCUAAUGUGAAUUUUGUUUCUCAAUUCGAUUUGAUGAUGUUACCUGAAUAUACAGAGUCUCCUGGAGCCUUGAAAUAUCGGAAGAAAACCUGCCUUCGAUCAUACAAACCAUUGGAUAAAGCACCAAACCCAAAUGAUUAUCGGAAAGUUGGUUGUGAAUAUUUACUUAGAAUGCGAAAGUAUGAUGGAAUGACUGAAAUCGACGGCCAGUCUAUAAUGAUCUUUAUCUACCCGGAAAUGCUUUUGACGUACGAAACAUUGAAAGAGUUGGGCCAUCCUGAAAUUCAACCAUCGAAGCUUCCAUUGCGCAGCAUGAAAGAGUUUAAGAGACCCGAAUACUUUCUCGAGAUCGAGAAAACUGAUGAGUUUGUUUACCAUAUGAAACGAGCAAAAUUUACUCCGUUACUCUUUUCCUGCGUUUAUUGUGAUUGGGACUCGACUGAUCUAUCGAAGGUGAAAAAACAUUUAUUUGGACUAAAAGUCGGGAAAAAGGAAAAAAGUUUCCUUGUGAUCGAAUGUAAAGAGAGAAUGAUAAAAGAUGGAAUCCAAUUUCCAUCUGAUGAAGUUCCAAUCGAUCAUCCACCACCUCGCAUGUUCCCUUGGGCUCUAAUCAAAUGUGUCAACCCAGAGGUGUUGAGAGCUAGAGGAAAAUUCACAUUAACAGAGACAAUUAAAGCUCAAUGGAAUCAGUUAAUGUUUGACAAGCGGCCCAAAAAACAUCGACCUGUCAAUUAAUUAUGUUCUACUUAUUCGAUUUUUGUUUUACUGACCUGAAACUGUCUAUACCAAUUAGCACCUUCGUCAGCUUAAUGUAAUUUCGAAGUGAAAAACAAAUUAAUGAAUAAAAAUCAGGAUUUCCAAUUAGAAA